AUGAAGUGGCUAUCUAUCACUCUAGCACUCGCCGUGCCUUCUCAGGCCGCGCUUCGAUUUGGAUGUUCGACCGUAAGCAUCCAACGUCUCGAUCCCCUAGUCGAGCCCGGCAAGGUUCCAUCAGCCCAUCUUCACCAGAUCGUCGGCGGGAAUGCCUUCAACGCUACUAUGGGUGAUGACCUAGGUGACAGGGGAACAUGUACCACAUGCACAUUCUCCGAGGAUUUCUCCAACUAUUGGACCGCGGUCAUGUUCUUCAAACACGCGAACGGAACUUACAAGCGUGUACCUAUCAUGCAGAACACUGCUCUGCCGAACGGCAUCAACGGUGGAAUGACCAUCUACUACACGCAACAGGACUUCUCUUCGAACGGCAACCAAAAGAUCACCGCCUUUAAGCCGGGCUUCCGUAUGACCGUGGGCACUCCCACUGCUACCUCGAAAUACGGACCAGGUCUUAAAUUCGUCUGUCUUCAAAACAAAGGAACUAGGUUCCCCGAACUUGACGACUUCCCCACGAAGCCUUGUGCGGGUGGUAUCAUGACUGUCCACCACUUCCCCGCGUGCUGGGACGGCAAGAAUCUGGAUAGCCCUGACCAUCAAUCUCACAUGUAUAAUACCGUAAAGGACGCGUUCCAAAACUCCGGACCUUGCCCCGCGUCUCACCCCAUCCGCGUUCCGCAGGUAGCUUACGAGACCCUAUGGGAUACGACUCAGUUUAACAACCUAUGGCCCAGCGAUGGCUCGCAGCCCUUCACGCUGAGCUACGGCGACAACACAGGAUACGGUACUCACGCGGACUACGUAUUCGGCUGGAAGGGUGACGCGCUUCAGCGUGCUAUGGACUCUUCCUGCAUGUUUAACGCCUGCGAGAACGGAAAUCCGUUGAAGUCUCAGGGUGUAACCCAGAUGAACCAGUGCCAGGUGAAGAGCACAGUCGACGAGGACAUCGACGGAUGGCUCACCUCUCUCCCUGGUAUGUAA